AUGAGGGACAGUAAUGGCGGAACUGAAACCAAGUUCGAGUAUCUCGAGCGAAUCUACACGGAUCCAUCACAUCCGGCGAGUUUCAGCGGACCCCGGCGGCUGAAGAGAGAGGUAGACCGAGAAGGCAGAUUCAAAAUAAGCAGAAAAGAAAUAGUUUCAUUCCUGGAGUCUCAGGACACGUACAGUACCAACAGACCGGUUCACAGGCGUUUCAAAAGAAAUAGGAUUAUGGUGAGUGGCGUUCAUCAGCAGUACGACAUGGACCUCUGCGACAUGAGUAAACUGAGGCGCUACCGCGGCAACCGGGGAACCCGCUAUCUUCUGACCGUAAUAGACGUGUUUAGCAGAUUUGCAUUUGUAAGACCACUUCGCAACAAGACAGGGCAGGUCGUGGCUAAAGCACUAGAAGACAUUAUGACGUCCGGUUCGAAACCCGAGCGUUGCCGGUCAGACAAGGGCGCCGAAUUUAGAUGCAAGCCGGUUACCGACUUGCUGCAGAGGCUGGGAGUCAAACAGUACUUCAGUACUUCUGAUCUAAAGUGUCAGUCAGUCGAACGCCUGAACCAGACUCUUAAAGGUGCCAUUUACAAGUGGUGCUACCAGAACAGAUCGUUUGCUUACGUAACGGUACUGGACGAACUGGUCAGAGGAUACAAUCACCGGGUGCAUUCAUCUCUCUUUGGACUCAGUCCAAGCGAGGUGAACGAAUCCAACCAAGCCAAACUGUGGAAUCUGAUGUACGUUGCAAAGGCCGGUGGCGAAAAACAAAGAAACCGAAUGUUUAAGUACCAGGAGGGCGAUCUGGUGAGGGUUAGUUUGGCCAGGCGGACUUUUGAGAGAUCUUACAUUCAGAAAUUCACGUCACAAAUAUACAAGAUACGGGGGCGGGUCUAUAGGGAGAACGUGCCGGUCUACCUCUUGAUGGAUCUAGAGGAGGAGCCAAUCAAAACGGCAUUCUACGAACCCGAGCUUCAGAGAGUCCGGAAAAACCUAGAGGACGCUAGCGACUGGGAAAUUGAAAGAAUUCUCAAGAGAAAAAAGUCCGGCAAGGCUCAGGAGAUUCUGGUUCGAUACCGGGGACUGGGACCCAAGUUUGACAGGUGGCUAUCGAGAGCUUCACUAAACAGGAAGAAAAACACUUAA